CCACAAACUGGACAUAAGAUGACCGGACAACGCUAUGAUCGACAGCUGAGAUUGUGGGGAGAUCAUGGCCAAUUUUCCAUUGAACAGGCCAAAAUUUGUCUCAUUCGUGCAUCCGCCAUUGGGUCAGAAAUAUUAAAGAAUCUAGUUCUCCCCGGAGUGGGGUCUUUCACCAUCGUUGACGAUUGUGUAGUCUGCGAAGAGGACCUCUGUAAUCGUCCAUUUCGUCUUCUGCUCGCACUAAAAGUGUACUGUGCAAUGUGCACUGAAUGUUUGAAUGUGCUCGUGUAUAAUUUGAAUUUCAGAUUAUUAAUUCGUCUCAGUCGGCUUCUCCAAGGAUACUCUAUCCCCAUUGUGGUGUGCAUCAGUGUGGGUAUUAUCGGCUACGUGCGUGUCAGUGCCCAGGAACAUGUGAUCGUGGAAUCGCACCCAGAUUCCUCUAAGCCGGAUGUUCGUUUGGAUAAUCCACCGGAGGGUUUGGUGUCUCUCGCUAACGAACAGCAUCUGGAGACGAUGACAUCGGAACAAUUGUGCCAUACACCUUGGCUCAUAAUUGUGCAUCUCUUCGUACAACAGUUCAUUAAACAGGUAAUACUUCAGUUUUAUCAUACCCCCUGCCUCCCGCUUAUCACACACACACACACACCAUUAUCUAGUCGGUUGUUUUAG